UGAAGGUGGAAGCAAAAGGAGGAGACCAACAAAACCAAAAAGUGUAAAGUCUGUGAUAGAAAGAAGGCAGGCGAUAAAUUUCCUGCCUGUUGGAGGAAUAUUUUUUCGGUGCUUUUACCUGGUGGAAACUAUUGAAACAAUUGCCCAAUUGUUCGGUUAGGAUCCAGGAUUUAGCUCGGAAGUUGAGUGCAAUUGUGCAGCUUGAGGGCAAACAUGUCGACCAGUGCCGGAUCGAGUAGCACUGCCGGAGCAACGGCCGCAGGAAGUGGUGGUUCUUCGGCAGGAAGCGCAGGAGGCAGCAGCGCAGCUGGUGCUGGCGGUGGAAGCAGCAGUACUGGGUCCGGCGGUGGACGUCGUAACGGCAAUGGAAACGGCACCGGCAGUGGAAACUCCACCCCCGAGGCACCAUCCGUGCCCAAGCCCGAGACGAAGGAAACCAAGUCGAAUCCGAAGAUUUCCAAGGCACUGGGAACGUCGGCCAAGCGUAUCCAGAAGGAGCUGGCCGAAAUCACACUUGACCCGCCACCGAACUGCAGUGCCGGUCCGAAGGGCGAUAAUCUGUACGAAUGGGUGUCCACCAUUCUCGGUCCACCCGGAUCUGUCUACGAGGGAGGUGUGUUCUUCCUGGAUAUUCACUUCUCACCAGAGUAUCCGUUCAAACCGCCAAAGGUCACAUUUAGAACGAGGAUAUAUCACUGCAAUAUCAACAGUCAAGGUGUGAUCUGCCUCGACAUCCUCAAGGACAAUUGGUCUCCGGCGCUCACCAUCUCGAAAGUGCUGCUUUCCAUUUGUUCUCUAUUAACAGACUGCAAUCCAGCCGAUCCACUGGUUGGAAGUAUUGCCACACAAUAUCUGCAGAAUCGGGAAGAGCAUGAUCGGAUUGCUCGCCUGUGGACUAAGAGAUAUGCAACGUGAUUUCCUAAAUCUGACGCUCUGUAUAUUUUUUAUGUGAAAAUCAGUAAUAUUUAUAAUUCUAACCAUAACGAAGGAAACAUACUACAACUAAUAAACUAAAUUGAAAACAAGAGUAAUAAAAGUAGCAACAACUCAACAGAACAAAAGUCAAAAUUCCAAAUUUCAAACACAAGAGAAUCCAACUGCAAAACGAUCCGUUUCGACGUAGACUGGUAUCCUUCUGCCGUGUCUGUUCGUGAACUGAGCUGUGAGCUUUUUCCGACGACUCAAAUCUUCUCGUGUCACAGAUUGCGAAAACAUCUCAAGCCUCGUUUCACCUCGUUCUCCACGGAUUAGAGCAACAUACAAAACUCGCAAUGUUACACUUUAAAGUUAAUUUCGUUUGUCUUUUUUUCUGUAUAGUAGGAUUACCGUUGUGGAUCGACGUGCCCUUAUCAGGCGACUUGUCGGUGUUCCUCGAUAGAACAUCAAUAGACACCUUCUAAUUUGGUAUUUAAUUCAGAAUCAAUUUCAGAAGAAAGACUCAAGUCUCGUACCCCAGUGACGUUAUAUCGAGGUAUACUGGCGUCAAAUAAUAAAACAAAAUGUUAGCUGGUCCGCUCAGAUGAUAUUGAAUGAAAAACAGCUAUCAACACUAUUGAAGUAAUUGAAUGCUAGGUUUUGCAAUUGAAAUACAUAAUGUCGUCGUCCUUAGGAGAUUGCAAUCUUUGGUAACAUGAGGUGUGAAGUUAGGGUGUUCUUUUCGGUAAAAUAUGUAGGUAUUGUGGAAUGAUUAGCAGUAUAGAUAACUGUUUUGAUGUCGCGAUAUGAUUAUCAAUGAUGUUUUUAAUAUCAGAUAGAAUGAUUUCAUUCGCUAGGAUUUAAUUAUUGAGAGCAAUUGCUUUUUGACGUGAUAAAUCUUGCUGCGCAUUAUUGCAGUUAAACCUCCAUGAGUCAAUGUUCCAUUACUCGAUAUCGACUCAUGGAACUAUACUAAAAAUCAAAUUUCAUGAUUACUAUGAUGGUCCCCUCGAACAGCAUUCCAUAGCAUUGCUGUUUCAUGACUCGAUAUUUCCAUAAGUCGAUGGUCCCUUCAAUAUCGACUCAAGGAGGGUUGACUGUAAUUGUGUGUAAAUUCAGAUGCAUGUCCGAUACUGUCGUUUCAAAGCGUGUCGAUGUGGUUAUAAAGAAUGGCGUUUUUGUUCAUCUUCGCUUCAUGGCAUCAUGAUGUGAAAUUUAUCAAAAGACUGAUGCAGCUGAUUAUUAAAGUCAUAAACAAUGUACGAUCUCAGACGAAAAGAUGGAGGUAUCUAUUAGUAAAGAAUGCAUAUAGUUGUGACAAACAUGGUUUUAUGCCGAGUUGAACGGUGGAGCAAAAACGCACAUUCUCAGACAGAACGAAACAAUUAGAACUGAAUUGAUAAGUAAAUCUUCUUCACAUCAAAAGCUAUGCGUACCGGAUGGAAAAUCAUUGGCCUAAUUAUGAACCUUUGAGGUUAGUGCAGUUUACCCACUCAAUCAUAUACUGCAGUCAUUUCACAAUACUUGCUGCUGGAACACAAGCUCGUCAUACAGGAGAGGUUUAUUGUGUCGUUUCUUUUCAAAGCUAUGACUGAAUUCAUUUGUUUUAAGUUCAGCCAGACAGGAGAUUAGAGUCGAAAAGGUGGAGACACUCGAAAUUGAUGAAAAAUACAAUAUUUAAACUAUAUGGAUAAUAAAAAGCAGUAAAUGUGUACCGAA